AUGCUGCAAACCCGGCUGCUCUUGCUCCUGUGCCUUGUGAAUCAGCUCAGUCCCAGCCUGGGCUGUCAGCUGCCGUCAGAGUGGAGACCUCUGAGCGAAAGCUGCAGGGCUGAGCUGGCAGAAAUCAUUGUCUAUGCCAAAGUCUUGGCACUGCACCAGGAUAUGUACAGCAUGUUCAACUAUUUGCCCUGGCAAUAUGAAGCCCCAGAAGGGGGGCUCUUUUACUCAGCCGAGAUUGAGAUGCUCUGUGAUCAGGCCUGGGGAAGCAUGCUGGAAGUCCCUGCGGGAUCCCGGCUCAACCUGACGGGACUGGGGUAUUUCUCCUGCCACUCUCACACAGUCAUGCAGGAUUACUCCUACUUCUUCUUCCUCAGAAUGGAUGAGAAUUAUAACCUCCUUCCACAUGGAGUAAAUUUCCAGGAUGCAAUAUUUCCAGAUACCCAAGAAAACAGGCGGAUGUUUUCGAGCCUCUUCCAGUUUUCCAACUGCACUCAAGGACAGCAUUCCAUGGCCUUCUCUAGUGACUGGGAGUUACAAGAGGACAGCAGGCUCAUGUGCUCUUCAGUCCAGAAAGCCUUGUUUGACGAAGAAGAACUCGUGAAGCAGCUCCAGCAAAAGGUGGCCAGCCUGGAGAAGCGCAACAAGCAGCUGCGAGACCGAGUCAAGAAAGUCAAGCGGUCGCUCAGGCAAUCCAGGAAGAACGCCAGGCACAUAGAGCUGAUCAACCGGAAGCUCAGUGAGAAGCUGUCCUCUGUAGGAGGCCAGAUCCCAUACGCUAACUCCUUAAAGCAAGCAAACUCUCAUGCUACCUACCUUAAAGUAUAAAGCCAGGUUUUGCGCUCCAGGCAGUGGUGCUGGUGACUUCACACAGCAUACACCUCUCC